AUGCCAUUUCCUACUUCUGAGUCAGAUAGAUUGCCAGAAGCUUUAAUUGUGAAUUCUUCAAGGUCAGACUCGGGCGAUUCAAAGUCUGAGUCACUAUCUGGUGGACUUUCUGACUCAGAAUCAUUUUCUGGAUCCUCUGGGUCAAAACUUUCAUUGUCAAUCAUUUCAUAUUUUCGUGACAAUGCUGCCAUUUCCAGUUCUGCGGAAACUUCUCCAUGUUCACUGUUUCCAAGACUUAGGAAAACAAGGCAGAUCGGAAACUUUCGACUCCACACUUUCUUCAUUGUCAUAGUCGAAGACGCUGUUAUUCAAACACCAGUAUACCUUCGCCCAGGUGCAAUAUUCAUUCCUGAUCCCAAAGAUGGAAGCUUGUAUGCCUUUGGAAGUGCACACGAUGGUCUUAAGAAACUGCCCUUCACAAUACCUGAACUUGUGCGAGCAUCUCCCUGUCGAAGUUCAGAUGGAAUCCUGUACACAGGCCGUAAAACAGAUGUUUGGUACGCCAUUGACCUGGACACUGGCAUAAAACAACAAACUCUAAAGUUAGACGGAACAGAGACUGUCUGCCCAAUGAUGUCCAACAAGAAGGCUCCAGUAUUUCUUGGAAGAACAGAAUAUACGAUAACCAUGUAUGAUAGCAAAACUAGAGAAAAGAGAUGGAAUGCCACAUUUCAUGACUAUUCCUCUCAUCUCGCCCAAGAUGUGGAUUACAACCUUCAUCAUUUUUGUUCUAGUUCUGAUGGUUUCAUGGUCACAAUGGAUGCAUCAACAGGUGAAUGUUUUCAUGCAUUUAUCCUAAAAUUAUUUAUUCAAUUAUUGACAUACCAGGACUGUUUGAUCAAGUUCUUACUUUUGAAUUAUUUCUUUGCACAUUGUGGAUGGAUAUAUUGUUCAAACAAUCUGUCAGGUGUUUGUGAAACCAGCCAAGGCCGUCCAAGUUACUUCUCACCUCAGGCGAAGGUCUUACUGAUUGAAGGCCCAAAACCAGUAGUUCCUUCAACAUCCCAAUCAAAGGAUGCAGUGUCUUCCACAGAGCCAUCUGUGAACAGUUCCCCUCCAGUGCGACGGCCUGUGCAGCAGCCUAAAGUACUGGAACCCAAGGCAGCGUUGCUACUUGGACACCAUCAAGUUCCACUGGUGGCCAGUCCUCAGCUGCAUAUUACACACAUUCCCGACAAGCUGAUGCCGCUGUACAUGCAUUAUCACCAUCUACCAGGCGUGAAGCUUAUGCCCAAGAGAAUUGACAAGCCAAGUGCAAAGGAAGAAGACAGAAGACAACAACAAGAAAUGUUUGAAAUGAUGAAGAUUCAUCAGCGUCUGUUGUACACUAUUAUUGCCACCAUUGGUAUUCCUGUGGUUCUCCUGGUGGUGUUUUAUAUUGACAGGUCAACCAGACAGCAUUCUGUGUCUUCAAGGGGCUCAUCGCGUCCAGCAUCAUCAUCACAGAGAAUCGACGAUCAAAAAACAGAGCCGCCGCCUGAGAACUUAAAUAAUUUCGUGUCUGUGGGCAAGAUUUCCUUCUCGCUAAAAGAUGUGCUUGGUCGUGGUUGUGAAGGAACAGUUGUUUACAAGGGUAAUUUUGACGGCCGCGAUGCAGCAGUGAAACGUAUUCUACCGGAAUGUUUCAGCUUUGCUGAUAGAGAGGUCGAUCUUCUACGAGAAUCGGAUGCGCAUCCAAAUGUCAUCAGGUAUUUCUGCACGGAAGAGGAUCAGCAGUUUCGGUAUAUUGCACUGGAAUUAUGCGAGGCUACUCUCCAAGAGUAUGUGGAAGAUCCAACAUUUGAUCGUCAUGGGCUCACUCCAGUAACUGUACUGAAUCAAGCGAUGUCAGGACUUUCCCAUCUUCAUUCCCUUAAUAUUGUUCAUCGCGACAUUAAACCUCACAAUGUGCUGAUUUCAAAGCGAAGUGCAAGCGGCGAAGUGAAAGCAAUGAUAUCGGACUUUGGACUUUGUAAGAAGCUGGCGUACGGUCGCAACUCGGUCACGUGUCAAACAGGUGCUAUAGGCACAGACGGCUGGAUAGCUCCAGAGAUGUUCAAGCCAGACAACAAAAUGAAUCGUUCCGUAGAUAUCUUCUCGUCUGGCUGUGUGUUUUAUUACGUGUUGAGUGGAGGACGUCAUCCAUUUGGAGAUCAAUACAGACGACAAGCUAACAUACUAGCGGGAGAUUACGAUAUGGAGAAGAUCAUCAAUUCAGAAUUAGUGACAGAAGCAAGAGACUUAAUGAAAAUGAUGUUAAAUCCUUGUCCUUCAGAAAGGCCUUCAGCGAAAGCAAUCCUCAAACAUCCGUUCUUCUGGAACAGAGAAAAACAGCUAGCAUUCUUUCAGGACGUAAGUGACCGCAUUGAAAAAGAGGACGAAGAAUCAGACCUGCUAGUGUCAUUACAGAAAGAUUCCAUUCCUGUGGUGCGAGGGGACUGGAAAGUACACUUGGGAAGCGAAUUACAAGAAGAUCUUCGCAGAUUUAGGACGUACAAAGGUUCUCAUGUCAGAGAUCUUUUACGUGCCAUGCGAAACAAGAAACACCACUACCGUGAACUUCCAGAUCACGUGAAAAAAGCUUUAGGCUCGGUUCCUGAUGGAUACAUGCGUUAUUUCAGCUCUCGCUAUCCUCGUCUUCUCAUGCACACUUACUACUCUAUGGCGUCUUGUAAAAGCGAGCCUGUAUUUCAGACGUAUUACUUUCAAGACUAAAACACCCUUCUGGAGGCUUGAACUCAGUCCAGUGCGAUUGGCACCUGGCAAGCUAUGUCCUGAAGGCCUCUUCGUGACGCCUGAAUUCCUCCUCUAUGUAGGAACUUGUACAAGAAGGCACUUUAAGGACUUUGAAGAAUUGUCCUACUUUGCAGGGUCCGUGCAUAUCGUGACCGUACUGGAGUGUUCCUCAAAAGAUCGACUGUGCUGGUCAUCAAUUUGUCAUUGACCUGGCGUUACACGUAACUUCAAUUGUGUGACACUUUCGUUGAAUCAGACGAUCCAUUUGCCAAUAUUACAAAAAUAUUUUCGAGAAAAGAGUUAAAUUAAAAAA